AUGUCCUGCUACGACCUGUGCUCCACCUCUGCCUCUGGCGUUUACCACCCCCAGCCCCUGGCUGACAGCUGCAACAAGCCGUGCGUCCGUCAGUGCCCCGACUCCACGACCGUGAUCCAGCCGCCCCCAGUCGUCGUCACCUUCCCCGGGCCCAUCCUCAGCUCCUUCCCCCAGGAUUCGGUCGUGGGAUCCUCUGGAGCGCCCCUUGUUGGGGGCUAUGGGGGCUCCUUUGGCUAUGGGGGCUAUGGGUCCCUGGGCUACGGGGGUCUGUAUGGCUAUGGGGGCUAUGGGUCCCUGGGCUAUGGGGGCCUGUAUGGCUGUGGGGGCUCCUCCCUGGGUUACAGGGGCCUGUAUGGCUACGGCAGACCCUAUGGCUAUGGCUACUGCAGCCCUCACUCCUACUGGUACAACAGGUACAACCGUGGCAUCUGCGGGCCCUGCUAA